AUGCAGACUUCAAGUCCAUGCUUUAAUCCUCGCUCGACUCAAAAAAACGCCAGCGCAAAUGGCGCAAGACUUGACGCAUUUGUCUACCUUAUUCUAUAUUUACAGUUUCUACAUUGGCUGAACCAACACAAUAAUAUCAAAGUGGAUAACUUAUCCAAAGCUGAAAUGAGCUUCGACUCGGUCAGCGAGGAAUCGAAUUCCGCAGAGGCUCCUAGUAUUGCCAAUGGAAGAACACAAUCUAAAGAAUCAACAGGGAUAUCCCCUAGUUCUUCGGGUAGAAACUCCAGGAAUAAAAGCAACGAUUUGAGUCCUCGUCAUAAAAGUAAUAAAAAGAAAAAGAGGGAGCGGUCUCCGUCACCUAAAAGGCGUUCACGGUCCCGAGAUCGAGAUUUUUCAAGGCGUGACAGAGAUAAUAAAAACGGCAGAGAUAGUAGAGAAGGAAGUCGAAGAGAUUCCGACCGUAAAAGAGUAUCCGAUAGAAAGAGGGACCGUAAGUCUAGACGUGAUAGAUCCGGCUCCCGAACGCGGUCUCGAACACGUUCUCGCACUCCUCCGCAUAGCUCAAGAUCACGUGGAAGACGAAGAAGACGUUCUAGCACGUCAGACUCGAGCUGUGAUUACACAGACCUCAAGCAUGGAGGAAAACUGUCUUCAUUAUUUACGCAUAGCGAACCAAGAAAGUAUAAGUCGAAGAGAAAAAGUCAUAAGCGGAAAAGAGAUAGUUCUUCCACUAGCACAAGUAGUGAUGAUAUGAAGAAAUCUACUAAGCCUAGCACUUCUAGCUCGGGUGUAUCAAGCAGUUCUAUACAGCACCAUCAGUACAGUUUUUACAAUACGAAUAUGGUUAUGCCGGUUCCUCAACCGCCUCCGACACAAUCUCAAAUGACUAUGAAUCCAUUUUUCCCAGCAAUUCCACCUCUACCACCCCCACCUCCUCCUAUCCUGCCGGGUCAAAACUAUAACGUACCCCCUCCAUUAUUUGCAUGCCCUGGUUUACCGCCAGGUGCUGUACCCCCUAUGGGGGUUUUGCCUCCUGGUCUUAAUAUGUUCCCCCCUCCACCCGCAGCUCCUUCUGUGAAAGUUGAAAACACUAUUCACUUAUCGGUUGCGACUCCUUCAUCUUCCUCAUCAUCUAGAUCUCUACCUCUUCCAAAAUCCCAAAAAAGAAAUUAUGAACAACCAGUUGUACUUAAUAAAGAAAGACGGGAGAUAGAUUUAUCCAGCGAAUGGGGCAGUGGCUUCGUCGAAAAAUACGAAAUUGUGGAACAAGUUGGUGAAGGAACUUAUGGCCAAGUUUACAAAGCCAGAGACAGAUCAACAGAAGAAAGGGUCGCUUUGAAAAAAGUGAGGCUUGAAAACGAGAAGGAAGGCUUCCCUAUCACAGCUGUGCGUGAAAUAAAAAUUUUGCGGCAGUUAAACCACCCAAACAUCGUGAAGUUGCAUGACAUUGUGACGGAUAAACAAACCACUAAUGAUCUUCGAUGUGACAAAGUCAAUUUCUAUCUUGUCUUCGAAUAUGUGGAUCAUGACUUGACAGGUUUAUUAGAAGCAUCGGCAAACAGUUUGAUUCCUGCUUUCACUCCUGAUCAAAUCGCCGGCAUGUUCAAACAACUACUUCAGGGAUUGGAGUAUUGCCAUAGCGCCAACUUUUUGCACAGAGACAUUAAAUGCAGUAAUAUUCUUGUUAAUAACAGAGGUGAAUUAAAAAUUGCUGAUUUUGGACUCGCUCGGCUUUACUAUGAAGACCAGAAAAGACUGUACACGAACAGAGUAAUCACACUGUGGUAUCGACCACCAGAGUUGUUGUUAGGCGAGGAACAUUACGGGCCACAAGUCGAUGUAUGGAGCGUCGGUUGUAUAUUAGCUGAAUUCUUCACCAAAAAGGCAAUAUUCAUGGGAAACAAUGAGCCUGUACAGCUCGACUUUAUUUCGAAAGUGUGUGGAUCUCCUUCGCCAGAAAAUUGGCCGGAUGUUGAAACCUUGCCUCUUUAUCAUACAUUAUGUCCUAAAAAAUUAUAUAGAAGAGUUUUACGGGAAGAAUUCGGAGCUCUCAUGCCAGAAGAGGCUCUCGAUUUGUUGGACAAAAUGCUUGUAUUAGACCCUAAGAAACGAUUGUCUGCUUCAGAAGCUCUGAGACAUAAAUGGGUAAAGCAUAUUGAUCCCCAUCAAGUUGCACGGCUCAGCCUGCCUCAAAAUCAAGAUUGUCAUGAGUUAUGGAGUAAGAAACAGAGAAAAGAAAGAAAGUUUGGAAAGCCGCCGCCUACUUUGCAGAGUGGACCGGCAUUGCCCAUGCGUCCUCCAGAUCGCCCUAAUCCAACUGCUGACGCUGCUUCGAUAAAUGACGCUGUAGCUAGAGUCUUGCGUAAUCGAGAGGACAGUUCGCCUCUCAGAGCUGUUUUACAAAAUUUACCGGAAUCCGCUUGUGUUGAAGUAUUGAACACACUAAAGGGUGUUGUGGGUGACACGUCUUCCUUAACCACGGGUCAAUCAGCUAAAGAACAAGUUCUCUCUAUUUUGGAUUCAUUAGCAGGUAAGUAUGGAGCUGAACAUGUAGUGUAA